AUGGCCAGAGACCAGGAGGUGGCCAUGGCUAUGCAGGCCGAAGAAUUCCAGCAGGCGGAGGCUGCCAGAGCUGAGGCAACGGACAGUCCAGGAGCCGCCCUCCGAAUGCCAGACAUUACCUACUCCGUUGUGGAUCCUCUGUGGGGAGAAGUGACCACAACCGAGGCGCCAUCAGCGUGGUUUCGGCUGCUUUUUUGCUGCUGUCCAUGCUGCAUCGUGGGCUGCAGUACGAAAGAAGCCAAGCGCGCGUGGGUCAAGUUCCUGUGCUCGUGCUCAUUGAUAUUGGCCGUUCUUCAGGUGGCAAUUCUCGUCGCUGUCAUUGCAGUGGAUGGGGGCAUGGUCUCAUAUGAGGAGAACCCAAUGCUUGGUCCCAAGUUCAACCGUCUCGACGAAGCCGGCGGCAAGAAUGCAGCCAAAAUCUUGCUGCAGGGAGAAUGGUGGCGACUGGCGUCAGCGACGAUGCUUCAUGCAGGCUGGAUCCACCUUGCUGGCAAUCUUGUCGUGCAGUUGCAUGCCGGCGUCCAGCUGGAAGUCAUUUGGGGCCCCACUGCUUGGCUAGUGGUCUACUUCGUCAGCGGCAUCUAUGCAAAUCUGCUAAGCUGUGUGCUUCAUCCCGACACCAUCGGCGUCGGAUCGUCUGGUUGCCUUUGUGGACUUAUUGGAGGUUGGCUGAGCUUCAUUUUCAUAACCUGGAACCAGACGCUGCCGUCUGACAUCAAGAUGAGAAAUGCACAAGUCACGUCUAUCGUCCUCUCGAUCCUCAUGGUGCUAGUGUUCAGCUUCCUGCCCCUCAUGGACUUCGCUGCUCAUGUCGGCGGCCUUCUCAUGGGCACAGGUACAUCCAUGGUCAUGUUUGGGAGCAGGCUUCAGCAUACGUGGUACCGCUGGGCAACAAUUGUCUCCGGUACUGUUAUGUUCUGCGCAUUGUGGAUAAGCACGCUGAUCCUUUUCGUGGAGCACACCACUGUGCAGGACUUUUUGUUGAACAUUUGUCAACGUCCUAACUGUCCAUGA